GAAAAGUUUUAAGGAAAGAAAAAAAAAAGAAAAGCCAAAUCACGGAAGAGGUUCUGUAGUCCUACUAGUUUGGCAAGUUCUGUGCGCGCAAAGCAGCGUUUGAAAGGCGGAGAAGAGGGCAGAAACUCACAACUGUGCGCAUUUAUUACACUGCUCUUGUCCCGCAGACGAGUUUACGAGAGGAGUCAUGGAGGAUGCUAUUCAGACCAUAGUGAAGGUCUUCCUGAAGUCGAGCAAAGGAAAGGAGAGUCUAGGGAAGAAAGAAUUCCAUGGCCUCGUCAAGUCCCAGUUCAGCAACAUCCUGUCGGACGCAGGGAGCAAGGAGGCGGUCAGCAACAUGGGUCAGGGUCUGGAUGAAAACCAAGACGGCAAGGUGGGCUUCGAGGAGUACAUGAAGCUGGUCGGCUACCUGGCGGUCGCGCUCAGUGACCAGCGAACCCUCGAUAAAGAGGAACCGGCCCAAAGUGCUGCUUCCGGACGAGUGGCACAAAGCGCCCCCGACAAAGUGGAGGAGAAGCCAGAGGCGACCCCAGAGGCUGCGGAGGAGCCCAAGCCUGUAGCAAAUGAAGAGGCAAAGGCAGACGCAGCUGCUGAAGUGAAGGUAGAAGCAAAGGCUGAUGCAAACCUAGAAGUAAAGGUAGCAGUAAAAGAAGAGGGAGAGACGCAGCCUGAUGUCGCAAAGGUGGAGCCAGCGGCGGCGGCUGAGGUGCCGGCGGCGGCGGUGGCAGCAGCGGUGACAGAGGCAGCAAAGGCUCCAGCUGCAGAGGUGGCAGCAGCGGCCGUGGAGGUGGUGGUGAAGGAAGAGGGGGAGGUGGUGGAAACGGUGAAGGUGGAGGAGGUUGUAGAAAAGGUGGCUGCGGCAGUGGAGGAGGAAGUGGAUAAGAAGACAGAGGAGGCGACCUCAUAGGGGACAAUCCACAACCAAUAACACAACACACACAUACACAAAACAUAGCAUUAACGUUGCCAAAACUAAGUUUGUAAGCCACUAAAGUUUUGUUUUUUUUAAACUCACAACUUUGAAAUACGAAAGUUGUUCAAACACUACCCACCCAACUCUGAAGAAACCCCCUCCCCAGACAUGAUAAAUAACACGUGUCCAUGAAAUAGUAGAAUUAUUGCUUUAUAUUCCUAGUUACCACUAUGUUAAUAUGUACAGCAUGUGCAUCCCACUAUAUUAAAGCACAUUUACCUCAUCAUGACAAUAUACUAUGAUUGCAUGCAGACGUACAUGAUCUUGUGCAUGCCAGAUCCCUGUGAAAACUUUACUGAAAGAAUGAAUUCCCCUGCACAUGAACGCAUCGCUGCAGACUGUUCUUCCACAGUUGUGUCAUGCAGCCCUACAUCAAUUACAGUUCAGUCUUCCGGGUAUAAUAUCACAAGUAUACAUCUUGCUAGGUACUAAUGGCUUAAAGAAAUAGUUUGACAUAUUUGGGAGUGGUGCUUAUUAGCUUUCUUACUCAGGCUAUUGAAUACGGAGCUACAGCCAGCAGGUGCCUAGCUUAGCCUAGCAUACAGGCUGGAAACAGAGGGAAUCCGCUACUGAAUAGAUUAAUCUUUCUUAUACUUUGGAUUUUCUACGAUUAACCAAACACGAUAUUUUGAGCUCCGAAGCUGCUUGAGUGCACUUUCUUUCCCCUUUAGACACAGCUGGGCAAGCUGUUUCCCACUGUUUCCAUUAUUUAUGCUAAGCUAAGCUAUCUAGCUACCGAGCACAGUUUCCUAUCUACUGGACAGAUAGGAGUGUGAGGUAUCAAUCUUCUCGUCUAACUCUGGGCAAGAACGCAAACCCCCAAAUCUUAAACUAUUCUCAUAUUGGUUGCAUGAAAAUCUGUCCGUAACGCUUAAUCAUUUUUUUAAUGUUCUCCUCUUUUAACUCACAGUGCUAUGGAACUGAUUUGGCAUGACAAUAAACAUAUUGUUUUGCUGAAGCUUUGCUCAUCCUAAUUUUGUACUCCAUCACACCCUCUUCUUUCUCUCUCUCUUUUAUUCUACUUUACGGGCUCUUUCUCCCUUGUUUUUACUCUAUAAGAGACGGGCUUCAUCUGGAGCCAACGGUAUAUUCCCCUCACUCGUAGUCGGCCAUCGAUUAGGAACUGGAAGAUCAGGCGGGGCCCCCUUCCUAAAUGAUUUAGGUCCGAGGGAUAGAAUACACAUCAAAGAACCAUUAGGGUCAAAAAGGAGCCUGAACUGGUCCCAUGGGAGUGAGCUGGUCACUGGAGGAGCAGGUCAUGCAACUUAAUCCACGUUGGUUAGAGCUGGUGGAGAAGAAAAAGAUAACAAACACCAAGUAGAAAAGAAACCCUUAUCAGCUGUCACCUUUUGGCACUUUUUAUCCAGUCCUUUAUGAUAUAGUGCAUAUGUGGUUAUUUUAGCGCUAUUGUGGUCAUAUUCUACUUCCUGACCCGUAAAGGUGCAGGUCUCUAUAGCUGUAGCACUGAAUCGGAGUCUUCUCUUUAGCCCCUGUUCAAAAUAGUUGCUGCUUGUUUUCCAAUGUGUGUUUAUCAGCCACGCCCUGCGACAGUGUAGAGACCCUGCCUGACAAAAGCAACUGGAUCCUUCAGUCUGAUAUGUUGGGAAAGUGUUGGAUUAGGCAUUUGAUGUGAAACACACCCUGUGACACAAUAAUUUCUCCACUGAUCCUGCCCAUUAGACGAGGUGCUGAGUGUCAGAGGUGGUGCUGUUUGUGUGAGUAAAGCAGAAUACUGAUUCUAUGUGAUGUUAUCUUUUGUACGGCAGCCCAAUGAAAAGAUGUUGCAUUCUAUCAGAAAACUAAAUAUUAAUAUUGUAUUUAGCAUUACUGGGGCCAUUAUUUAAGUUCUACAUGGCCACUUUAUAUUUAACUCUUUAACCUAAUUCUUUCUUGUUUGGACCACUAUGGAGAUCACUUGAAACAUCGAUCUAGUCACAUUACAAAGCAAUUUGUUAAUUACAAUUUAAUGAUUUGUAAAUUGUCCCCUCAUCAAUAAUGCAGUCAUGAGAAAAAGGCUCGUGUUGCAGGAUUGCUAUAUCAUAGGUCUACCUGGCCAGCCAAACACACACAAACACACACACACACACACAUGUUUUUGGCACACCAACAAAUGUGGUAACAGCAGCAGGCGUUUCAAACUGUUCGGCAGCAAAAUGGUCAAGACAAAUAAAGCGAGUCAUGUGAUUUGCCUGCUCCGCUGCGACACUCCCAUUGUAAAUAGUCUUUCGUUUACCCUCGCUCUGCUCAGCCUGUAUACACUCGUGCUCUAGUUUGCCAUGUUUCCUGCAUGAUCUGCUACUAACAAACUUAUUAAGACAUUUGGGGGCAAUUUAGUCUUUAUCAUUAGCUAUUUUUUUUAUAAAAAGCUAUAUGCCUUUUCAUAUAAAAACAUUUUCUAAUCAUGGUACUUCCUGUGAAUAAUGGAGACAUAUCACUCUCUUGCACCAUCUACAGCCAGUUUCCUGCUCAGCAUGUGUAUGGUCCUGGGCCGUUGCAUCUUUAAGGCUUUACAUGUGUGUAGACACAUUGCCAAGCUGCACACAUUGUUUUCUGCUUCCCAGCUCAGACCAGGCACGUAAACGCAGAUUGUAUCACUUCUCUACUAGUUUUAAAAAUGUGAUCUUUGCCUUCUUACUAAGCCAAAACCAUGAUAAGACGAAACUGGACCAAGCGAAAUUCACUUGACUAUUGACUUGCACUGCCAACAGACCUGGGUUAAACAUCAUCUGGAAAUUGUUCUAUGUCGGCGAAUGUUUUCUUUGAGUCGGAGACGGACUGAGCCCUGAGCGCCGCAGCUCUGAACCGUCUCCACUGGCAGUUCUUUGCUGCUUGUCCCUUAGUGUAAACCGCACCCAGCUUUAACUCCAUGCAGAUUAAAAACAUGCUGGAACCAAACACAGCAGACUCGCGGCAGGGAGUGUUCGCAGCCAGAUUUCUCAUCGCUGCACAAUAAGUCCCCCCCCCCCCCCCCCCCCCCCCCCCAUUGGAUAUAAUAAGUGUACAUACAAGUAUAUUGAUGUGCUCUUCAGGCUCAUUUGCUUGGAAUGUUUGUGACUAUGGGACAAUUCCCAGGAUGUAGUGCAGGCUCUCAUCAUUGUACUUCGAUGUACUCGUGUUUAUUUGCCGCCAAGCACGAGAGGGCGUGUGUGUUCAGCAGCUGGACUCGUUCCAGUCCACCUCGCAAUUCCAGCAAAGUCCACUCUGCUUGUAUUUCAACUUCAUAUGUAACGCUGUAUCAUUUUUUUGCUUAUUCUCUGUAAACAUGUAAUGGCUCAAAUUGAAUAAAAACUGUGACGACAAUA